AGAAAGACAGCUGAUGACAGCCCAGCCAACCGAAUUCAUAAGAGGCAGCAGCACGGAAGCGAGCCGCUCCUUGUUCCCCACUUUAAGUUGGGAAGCUGUUUUCCAGGGUGGACGUGCAGGAUUCGUCACCAUGGCGACGUCUAGCUCCAGCACCAGGCCUUACGAAAUUAUUGUCUUUGGCGCUUCAGGGUUCACUGGACAGUUCGUAGCAGAAGAAGUUGCUCGGACCUCAGCCGAAGGACCGAAGGGGACUCUGAAAUGGGCCGUCGCGGGGAGAUGCCGCCAGAAGCUGGAAAAAGUUCUGGAUCAGGUCGCGGAGACGCUUAGUAAGCCAGAGUUAAAGUCAGAAGUGGAUAUAAUAAUUGCAGAUGUUGGUGAGCCAGACUCCUUAGCUGCUAUGUGCAAACAGGGAGUCAUUGUUCUCAACUGUGUGGGACCAUACAGGUUUUAUGGUGAGCCUGUGGUUAAGGCCUGUGUUGAAAAUGGAGCCCACUGUAUUGACAUAUGCGGAGAACCUCAGUUCCUGGAAGGAAUGCAGCUGAAUUACAACAAGGAGGCAGCUGAGAAGGGGGUUUAUAUAAUUGGGAGCUGUGGUUUUGACUCCAUUCCUGCUGACAUGGGAGUACUCUACACUAGAGACCAAUUUAAAGGAACACUGACAGCCAUUGAAAGUUUCUUGACUGUGCACACUGGACCUGAGGGGGCUUGUGUUCAUGAUGGUACCUGGCAAUCUGCGGUCUAUGGCUUUGCUGAUAGUGCGAAGUUACGGUCUCUGAGAAGGAAGUUUGGUUACAAACCCCUUCCAGUUGUUGGGUCUAAAAUCAAAAAGAGGUAUAGGCAUGUUUUAUGGUUACUGCAUGACUUUCAAAGUUUUUGGUCAAAUGCAACAGAUCUGAAGCAAAUUCUUGUUCAGUAUGGUGCCUAUGCAGGAGUAGGUGGCAUUGGCUCUGUUGUCAAAUUAAUGUUCGCAGGCAUGCUUUUCUGGUUCUUGGCCAAGUUCAGUUUUGGAAGAAAUCUUCUGAUUAAGUUUCCUGAAUUUUUCUCCUUUGGAGUUUUCUCUAAGGAGGGGCCAACAAAAAAGCAGAUGGAGGGAUCUUCGUUUUGCUUUUCCUUCAUUGGUGAGGGAUACACUGAGGACCAAGAUCCUGAACAGGGCAAACCUAAUUCCAAGAUCCGGAUUCAAGUAAAAGGACCAGAGGCAGGGUAUGUUGCUACUCCUAUUGCAAUGGUGCAAGCAGCCAUAACACUGUUGAAUGAGCCCAAAUCCUUACCAAAAAAGGGUGGAGUGUACUCUCCUGGAGCUGCCUUUUCAAAGACCAAUCUGAUUGAACGACUGAACAAGCAUGGAAUUCAGUUUGUAGUUGUUGGCACAGCUGAGGCCUAAGGAUCCACAAUGCCAGCUUCCUUCAUUCUGUGGUGUCACAAUGUAGAACACACUGUGCAUUUACCCUUUCCCCAGUCUUCAAAAUUGCUUAUCCAUACUUGCAAAACAUAGAAGUUAAUAAACACACAAGUAGCAUUGACUAAUUGCCUGUCUUGCAUUCCAUAAUAAAAUGGAAAACUCCAUGGAAAACUGUUGCUAAAAAGAGCUUCAGUUUCAUGGUUAUUAAGUGUUGACUAUGUUGGAUAAAAAAAGCUGUUUAGUCUUCAGUCUGCUUGAAAGCUUAUUUGAAUAAUGAUGAAUUUCAAACAUCUGUGUAUAACUUGUAUUCCUGUUUGAAACAAUGCAGUAAAGUAUUUCAAAUUUGUA